AUGUCAAAUGGGUUCAACGACGCUCAAAUUGACCAGCUGCAGAAGAUGUUUUCCAAAAUGGAGAGCAAAAUUGAAGCCAGGUUGGACAAAGUGAUAACGGACCGACUGAGUGAAUGCAUGGACUUGAAACUGAAACCUGUGAUCAAAAAAGUGGAGCUGCUUAGUAAGGACACUGCAGAACUCAAGUCCAGGCUCCUACAAGCUGAACUCAGCGCUCGACGGAAUAACACGGAAAUUGUUGGAUUCCCAGUGGAGCAUGCCAGUGAACCGGGCAUAGUACUGAUGAACAUGGCUAAAAAGAUCGGCCUGACAAUACAGAAGACAGACCUGAUAACGGUGUACAAGACAGGCAAACCCAGAAGGUUAGGGGAACGUGACUGCCAGAACAUCAUAGCAGAAUGGUCGAAUCAUUCAUUGGCAUCGAGCUUCAUACUGAAAGUGAACGAGUAUCGUAAAAGACACAACAAUAGAUUGGAUGCUAGGAUGUUCUUUAACAGCGAGACCAGUGCUAGUGUGGCUGUCUAUCCCCAUCUACCGAGAGAGAUGAAGCAACUCAGAUGGAUUGCCAAGAAGAAAGCCGAAGAGCUAGGGUAUAACUAUUGCUGGAUCACUCCACCCGGUAAACUGUUAAUGCGCAAGUCGGAAGGAUCGCCUUCGUUCUGGAUACGGUGCGAGGAGGAUCUCAUCAAGCUCAAGUAG